AUGGCUCCUGCUUCGCCACCUCGCGACCUCGAAGCGGGUCCGAGCGUUACACCGGACCAUGUGAGGAUCAUGCAAGAGAAUCGGCUAAAAGGUGAACUGAGCGGUGGCAAUGCGUCAGAGCUGAUGAUACUUUUCGCUGAUCUCUCGACUUGCUCCAUCCGCUUGCAGCCAAGGCGCGAUUACAAAGUCUAGCAGCAGCACAGAACCCAACCACGCUGAAUGAGAAUGGAAAGCGACCCCACGGUCCUCUAUCGCUCGAGUCUGGCAGAUCAUCCUACUCGGGUCCCACAGUAGGUCCCAAUGCCAAUCUCUCAUCUUCCAUCCCUUCCAACUCUCGCAAUGCCAAUCUGGGCUCGGAAGCUACCAAGGUGUCGCCCACCAAGCGGGGUCAACUGGCCCAAGCGGGUCAGCCUCGAGAUGAUUCGAAUGCACCCUUGCCAAGAGACAAGUCGCUGGGGAAUUACAUCGAGUACGAUUUGAGCAGAUUGCACAACUCCAAGGGUGGUUUCUUGGUAGAGGAAGGGGACGAGUAUUCCAAGACUGCUGAAGAGCUGGCAAGGGAGAAGGAGAGGGAACGGGAGAGGAUCAAGGCUGACAUGGAGCCCGGUGAGUCGCACCGAUGUGGAAGCAUCGAUGCGAGUGCAUACAUCCUCCCGCAUCCUCGUUGACGGGUCUGACAUGAGCACUUUUAAAAACUUUCUACCCCAUCGUGUUUCGCAGGAAUGAUGCUCGAUCCAUCUCGGCAAGAAGCUUGUCAGGAAUGCCAGUCGCUCGAGAUCGAUGAUCAGCUCAGACGGGUGUUCGGUGUUAGGGUAUGCAGGAGCUGCAGCAAGAGGUUGCCAGAAAAGUACAGCUUGUUAACAAAGACUGAAGUCAAAGAGGAUUACUUGCUUACGGAUGGUGCGUCUGCACCGAGUCACAAAGCUCAGGCGUCUCAUUGCUGCACUGACGUGAUUCGACCCUUUUCAUGUGACCGCCAACCUCUUUCUCUAGCGGAGCUGAAAGAUACGGAGCUGCUCCCGCACCUGCUCAAGAAGAAUCCGCACAAGGCAUCCUACAGUAACAUGAUGUUGUUUUUGCGCUUUCAGGUCGAAGCCUACGCAUUCAGCGCCGCCAAGUGGGGUUCUGAAGAAGGUCUGGACAACGAAUUUCAAAGAAGAGAAGACGAAAAGGCGCGCAAGAGGGGAAAGAAGUUUGCUCAGGGAUUGAAGGAACUCAGAAGGAGAACGAUGAACGAUACGUUUAGAAAGAGGCAGGAGACAGGGAAUCAUACGCACGAGUGGCAAGAUCUUGGCGAUGGUACGCAACAGUGCGAUUGUGGGGCUACGAUCGACGUCGAAGUCUUUUAA